GGCGGGGCGUCGGGCUGGCGCGCGCGCAGGGCACGUAUGGCGGCGACAAUCGAUGCUUCCUGGAGAGCGGGGGCUCGGCGGAGAGCUUCUUCGUCAGUGAAGAUAUGCCGGUGGGAGCUGUCAUUGGCACCCUGCGCAUCAUCGGGGACCCGUCGGAGCGCGGCAACAUCGCGCUGCGGCUGCAGGAGCGCGACUCCCCGGCCGCCAUCGUGCCGGGCACCAAGAACAUCUCGCUCACGCGCCGCCUCGACAAGGAGGGCGUGGAGGGCCCCUCCUCCGUCUACAUCAACGUCAUCUGCGACCGACGCCGCACCGCGGACCCGGGCUUCGUGAUCCCAGUGAACAUCCGCGUGACGGACGCCAACGACAACGCGCCGCAGUUCCUGAACGCGCCCUACGUGCUCACCAUCUCCGAGGUGACGGUGGUGGGCACGCGCGUGCUGCAGGGCGUGAAGGCCGUCGACGCCGACCAGCAGGGGCCCUUCUCCACAGUACACUACUCCGUGCUGCCCGGCCCCCACUCGGACUACUUCGUGUUCGUGAACGAGCUGGAGGGCACGCUGCUGCUUCGCAAGCCGCUGGACUACGAGAAGCUGAGCAACUUCACGCUGACGAUCCGCGCGCAGGACCAGGGCGUGCCGCCGCAGCAUUCGGACACGACGCUGCAGGUGAACGUGAUGGACGCCGACGACCAGAACCCGCGCUUCUACGACGAGCGCUACACCGCGCUGCUGCCGGAGCCCCCCGUGCAGGGCGCGCGGCUGCGGGUGCGGCCUCGGGAGAUAGCGGCCUACGACCAGGACGUGGGCAUCAACGCGCCCGUCCUCUACUCCUUCAACUCGGGUGAGUACUCUUUGCUUGGUUUUGCUUUUGUAUUUGUGACUGAAGAUAGACAACCAACGUUUUAUGAUAACAUCUACUGUAUUAAUGUUAUCAUUCAAAAAUAUUCAUGA